GGUUACGUUGCACUGCCGCUAGCAGCCAGUGUAGAUACACACACUUUGAAUGAAAGUCGUCAAGUGUUCCAGACUGAGACCUCCACCAUCUGCCAGUAUAUGAACGCUUUCACCACUGAAAUUAUCCGUCAGUGUAUAUAUCCAGUGAGACUGUAUCACUAGUGCUUGGCAUUCACUUUGAUCACAUUUCCGCGUUUCCGAGGAAAAGUGCCUUUCCCGUAUUGAAGACCGGGAGUGUGUGUGGCGAUGCAGCGGCUCACGGCGCAGCUCUUCGCCGGGCUGGUUGCAGCGGUGCUGUCCGUGCUGUUUGUGCAGUGUUGGGCGGACGGCGGCGGCGGCCCCCCCAGCUUGACCGAAAGGGUGAUCUGGGCUGUCAAUGCAGGAGGGGAAUCGCACGUAGACGUGCACGGUAUUCACUUCAAAAAGGACCCUUUGGAAGGCAAACUCGGUAAAGCCUCCGACUAUGGGAUGCGUUUGCCGAUCCUGCGCUCCAGUCCGGAAGAUCAAGUUCUGUACCAGACAGAGCGCUACAAUGAAGACACUUUUGGAUAUGACAUCCCAAUACGUGAGGAAGGCGACUAUAUACUCGUAAUGAAGUAUGCAGAAGUUUACUUUGCCCAGUCACAGCAAAAGGUGUUUGAUGUUCGGCUAAACGGCCACGUGGUGGUGAAGGACCUGGAUAUCUUUGAUCGAGUGGGUCACAGUACAGCGCACGAUGAAAUAGUGGCCUUCUCCAUUCGACGUGGCAAGCUGAGUGUGCAAGGAGAGGUGUCCACAUUUAACGGGAAGCUCACGGUGGAGUUUGUAAAGGGCUAUUAUGAUAACCCAAAGGUCUGCGCCCUCUAUGUAAUGAAGGGAACACCAGAAGAUGUACCAAAACUCCAGCCUCACCCUGGCUUGGAGAAGCACGAGGAAGAGGAGGAAGAAGAGGAAGAUGGAGAGGCAGGGGACGAUGGAGGCAAGAAGAAGCUCCCGCCGGAUUCUAAGCCCAGGGUCCAAUCGGGACCCCGAACGCCGAACCCCUACGCUGCCGACAACAGCAGCCUAAUGUUCCCCAUCCUGGUGGCGUUUGGCGUCUUCAUCCCCACUUUGUUCUGUCUCUGUCGGCUGUGAGAUGACUGGACGGACACGACAGGUGAGGGGAGGGUGGGAGGCGGGCGUUUCGAGGAGGUAAAUCAUACAUGUGACUCGGAGGGAAUCUGGACCAUGGAGGACAAUAAGUGCAGGAGGAGGCAAGAGAGAAGGCGAGCAGGGUGAAUGUUUGCCUUCCACCUUCUGCUCUCCACUUUGAACGACAUCCUUCAUCCAUUUCCUAUCCCAGAUGAAGUCUUCAAAAGUCUGAGCUCAGCAAACACACGCUUAGCGUUCUUCCCCGGGGGCCGCUGUACCAACUUUUCAGUAUUUUGCACGCAGCAUGGGGAAAGCCACACUUUGUCUGACACACUCCUCAUCAUCUGGCCAUACGUGGGAUUAGAAACAGGCUCCAUACGGAAUAAACCACAAGAUGAACUAUGUGGAAAUAUAGCCAUCGUUUUGGCUACUUGCCUUUCUGUGUCGAAUUAGUCCAUUGUAUGUGUGGCGUAAUCUCACAUGAUGUAGAAAGCCCUGUGUGCAUUCAUAUUCAAUAGAUUUAAUAUCCAUCUUAAAGUCCAUGUGCUUCUACGCGCUUUGUUCUCACUAGGCAGCUUUGUUUAUAAGGCACAUUU